AAACAGCACGGAAUGGUAACUAGGGAAGUGGGCUUAUAGUCAGCAAGAUCCUGGGUUCAAAUCCUACUCCAGAUUCUUACUUGCCGUAGCAUCCUUGUCUUCUCAUUCCUAGCUCUACCCUUGGACAUUUGUAGCCAUCUCUCAUCCAAGACAUCAUGGAGGACAAUGCGGCAGACCCUGCAUUACCAACACCCGCGCAACGUCAGGAAUCCAUCCGGUUCAAGGAUGUGGCGGUCUACUUUACGAAGUCUGUGUGGCAGCUUUUGGAUCCAUCUCGCAAAAAGUUGUACAAGGAUGUGAUGCUUGACAACUUCAGGACUCUGGUCUCCCUGGGUCUGGAAGAUGAUGACACAGCAGUAAUUGACAGUUUGGAGAGAGGGGAUGCUCUUUGGAUCCCGGAAGAGGAAAAACGGGGGAUUAGAUGUCGAGAUAAUGAAUGGAGGGAGGAAGGUUCCCAGAAUGAUCAACUGAGAAAUGACGAGAGAAAUUCUGGAGAGAGAUCUUAUCAAUGUAAUGAAUGUGGAAGGUCUUUUGUCUCGAAAUGGAAUUUUGUUUGCCAUCUGAAAAUUCACACUGGAGAAAAACCUUACAGUUGCGAUGAGUGUGGAAGGCCCUUUAGGUUGAGAAGUCUCCUUAUCCGACAUCAGCAAACUCACACUGGAGAGAAGCCUUAUAAAUGUGAUGACUGUGGAAAGGCUUUUAGCUGGAGAAAUAAUCUUGUUGAGCACCAGAAAGUUCACACUGGUUAUAAGCGUUAUGAAUGUUAUCAAUGUGGAAAGGGCUUUGCGUACAAAUCUCAUUUUGUUGAUCACCAGAGGACACACACUGGAGAGAAACCUUAUGAAUGUGAAAAUUGUGGGAAGGCCUUUACCCGGAAAAGUUAUCUACUUCAACAUCAGAGAAAUCACACCUCAGAUACACCUUAUAAGUGUAAUGAAUGUGGAAAGGUCUAUAGACAUAAAACUAGCCUUUCUAUGCAUCAGAAAACUCACAUUAAAAAGGAACCACCUGAAUGUGAUAAUUAAGUAGAUAGUAUCCUCUUUAGCCAACAUUAGUCUCCCUAUUAUUUCUUAGUUGAAAGAGGAACCUUUGGAAUAUAAUGACUUUCCGUUUCUUUUAAAAGUACCAAUAGGCUUUGUUUUAACAACACAUUCUUUUAUUUUUGUUUUCUACCUUUAGUGAAAGAGUAAGAUUUAUAAGAUUACAAAGAAUAAAUGUUAUAUAUAAUGACUGGAAUUUUUUUUCAAAAGAUUCACAGUAGGCAUUUCACCAGUCCUUGCUGAUUGAACAGGAAAAAAAAAAACCUGAUAGAUGUUCUUUGGAGCUCUUAGCCAGUAGGACUGGUGAAUCAUAAGGUCCAUCCUUGUGGAUCUCAAGACAUCUUAGUGAUGUUAUAGAACAAUUGAUGAGACUCAGUCAGACUGGGAUGGAUUCUUUCAGCUAGCUGUGAGACUCUUCUCUCCUUAUCCUGAGAGUUUUUGGAAAGCAGUGAUCAGCAGCUGAAUCAGGACAUUCCUGGUCCUCCAAACCACACCAAUAAAUGGAGAGGCAUAAGGAAUACCUCUUUCUUCAGAAAUAUACAUAAGGCUAUGUGAAACUUGGUCCCACUUGGACUUUGUCUUGACAAAAGUGGGACACAUCUCAUAAUAAACCUUGACAUUCAGCAAGUUAUUCUGGGGACUCAUACAGAGAGUAAUGUAUCACCAUGCUAUGAAUUUAAUAUGAAUUGUACCUCUCCUUCCUUUUUAAAAGGAAAGAUUUUGGUCUUAUCCAAACCCUUUGGAACUUGAAAUCUAAUUUGUAUAAGGAGAUUGCCUCAUGGUGCUCUGGCAUCCCGGAUGUGUGAAUUUAAUAUGAAUUGAACCUCCUUAUUCCAUUUGAAAAUAUAUUCUUGCUUGACAUCAGCCCCACCCUUUAACUAGACAGGCAUGCGUACUAUGACAGGAUGCCAGAAGUCUCAUGACUAAAUUCCAGGAAAAGGCUGGCACCUGCACCCUGCAAUGGGUGGUACCUCCAGAAGUCAAGACUCAGACCAGGACUGAGAUUAAAUUUGUCCAGAGAGUCCCAGGAGGAGUGAUGAAAACUGACUUUAUAAGAGAGUAACAACUCUCUCUCUUGCUGGACAAGAGCCACUCUCUCUUCUCUGGAGUAUCAAACACUCGGCAUGCAUCAACCUAUCUAAAGGUCAUCCAGUUGCUCAAGCUGGGAAAUGAUAUAAAUAAAAAUUAAUCUGGGGGCAGCUGGGUAGCUCAGUGGAUUGACAGCCAGUCCUAGAGAUGGGAGGUCCUGGGUUCCAAUCUGACCUCAGACCCUUCCUAGCUGUGUGACCCUGGGCAAGUCACUUGACCCCCAUUGCCUAGCCCUUACCGCUCUUCUGCCUUGGAAGCAAUACAUAGUAUUGAUUCUAAAGUGGAAAGUAAGGUUUUUAAAAAAAUAAUCUAGAAUCUUAUUACUAGAUUUAUAAGCAUUUAUUAGUAAAAAAGGAAGAGAGAAAUAUGGUUUCAGCCUUUCUAAUUUGAGUUAAGAAGCCAGUAUUCCAUUGUAGCCAUGAGAUCAGCAGAUGAGAAAAGGGCUCAGGGAGAGAAAGCCAGCCCAGACAGUGUUAGUUCAAGUCCUGAUGGGGAAAAAGAGAGCUCCACAGUGUUUCUCACUGGCUUUUCGAAUUGAUGUUCCUCCCAACCCUUGAUCUUUCCUUGGCCAAUGCCUUUCAAACGUCUUGCUUGUCUCCAUGGUGACUUAAGAUAGGCCAGCGCCAGGGCAUUGGCACUGAUUGCUGGGACCAUAUGACUGAUAACUAUGUUGAGUCACUGAAUGUGGGGAUCAAUUUACUUUGCACAAUCCCCUCGUUAUUAUUUGGGAGACCAGCAGAUUGAGUCUCCCUACUCUUGUUUCUCUAGGAGAUUAACAUGUUGGUCUCCAGUGAAUCAUUCCACAUUGGGAGUCUAUAAAGUUAGGAUUUUGUCACUGCAUAAGAGCAUAAAAGAUAUUGUACAGGAAGUGUAGCCAAGAUGACAGCAGAGUAGCGGAGAAAGGCUGAAACAAUAUCCUUCCAAACCACUUUUUAAAAACCACUUCAAAAGGACAAGAGCUUUCCUGUUGAACACAAUAUGAAAGGUAGAAUGGAUUUCCACAAAAAAAUGGUAAUCCAGAAGCAAAACAGCACAUGGAGAAAUGCAGACUGUUCAACUGCCCACCUACUGAGCCAUACUCUGAAUCAGGGCUCAGGCAAUGCCAGGAUCCAAGAUUGGAAGCUACACCAACAAAACAGCACCCCAGACUCACCCUUUAAAGCACCAGACCCUUGGAGUGAAGUCUGGAGGUCCAUAGCAUGCUGGGCACUCUCAAGCCUCUGUGGCACCAGUGAGGACAGCCUUAGGGCAUAACCUAGAGAACCAGGUCAUAGGCAAUGCCUGGAUCCCAAAUUGAGGGCUAUACCAACCAAAGAAUGCCCCAGAGGAGAGAAACUUUCAAAGACUUACCCCAGGGCAACCUGCCUAAUCCAGUAAACCAGCAAAGAAGAGAGACUCAACUAGCUUACAGUCCACAAACAAAAAAAUAAAUAAAGAUAACAAGACUGAAAAUAUGAGUAAACAUCAGAGAAAGGAGAUAACUAUUGAAAGCUUCUAUGGGGAUAAGGAACAAACAAUAGAGCUGGCAAAAGAUGAUGGGAUCCAAGGAAAUAAAAAAAAAAAACCCUCAAAAACCCCUGGAAACUGGGAUCAUACUCUGGAAGAACUCAAAAAGGAACUCAAAACCCAAAUAAGACAGGUUGAAGAAAAAUGGGAAAAAGAAAACAACAGCCUAAAAAGCAAAAUUGAGCAACUUGAAAAAGAGACACAAGAAGGUAAGGAAGAAAAAUGUGUCUUAAUAACCAGAAUUGACCUAUUGGAAAAAGAAACAAAAAUAUCAAAUGAAGAAAAGUGUCUUGAAAAGAAGAAUGGACUAAAUGAAGAAGGAGAAUCAAAAGGUCAUAGAAGAAAACCAGUUUUUAAAAAUUAGAAUGGGGCAAUUAGAAGCUAAAGACUUGACGAGACAUCAAGAAACAAUAAAACAAUCAAAAGAAUUAAAAAAAAAUAGAAAAAUAUGAAAUCUCUUAUUAAAAAAUAUGAACUGGAAAAUAGAUCCAGGAGAGACAGUUUAAGAAUUAUUGGACUAUCUGAAAGUUAUGACCAAAAAAAAAAAGCCUAGACAUCAUAUUAUAAAAAAUUACCCAAGAAAACUACCCUGAUGUUCUUGAAAAUGAGGGUAAAUUAGAGAUUGAAAGAAUCCACAGACACACCUCCUGCAAUAAAUCCCUGAAUGACAACUCCCAGGAAUGUUAUAGCCACGUUCUAGAGCUCUGAGGCCAACUCUGAGAGAGUUCAGAAGGCAAGGAAACUGGGGCUACAACCAAGAAUCAUCUACCCAUCAAAAUUUACUGUGUUCUUUUCAGGGAAAAGUAUGGCUAUUUAAUAAAAUAGAAAAUUCCAAGCAUUCCUGAAGAAAAGCCCAGACUUAAACAGAAAAUUUGUUACCCAAAUACAAAAUUCAAGAGAACCAUAAAAGGGUAAAUAAGAAAAAGAAAGAUGUAAAGGCUUCAACAAGGUCAAAUUGUUUAUAUAACAAUAUCGUAAGAUGAUAUUUGACUCUUAAAUAUUUUUAGCAUUAUCAUAGUAAUUAGAAGAAGUAUACAGAGACAGAGGGUGUGGGACUGUUUAGGAUGAUAGUGAAAAAAAGGUAUUGUACAUUUCAUGGAGGGAGUUACUACAAUUUGAGUAAUAAGAGGAAGGAGGAGAGAAAGAAAAAUGAUCAGUAGGUGCAUUGACAUACCCUCUUCUUGACACAAGUGUUUACAAUCAGGAUAAAUGAAGGACUCAAUCCACCCCCCACCCAGUUAAGUUCAUUAUAUCCAGAGAUUCACCCCUAAUCUCAUCAUGUAGUGUUUGAUUUAUGUAAGCAUUCUUACAGGAUCUUCUCCAGAAGAUCUGUUUUCCUGGUCCAGGGUGUUGGUGAUUAUCUUUUCCUAAAAUUUCUUUAAAAAGAUAUUGGACUUUGGACUUUUAGGAUAAUUACACAAUUGACAGUGGUUUUUAGUUAGAUGCAACCAGAUGAUCAUUUGAUCUUUCUCUCAUCUCUAACCUUUACUAAUAAAUAAUUAUACAUAAAUAUAUAGUCUCCAUGGGAUUUUUUUUUUAUCAUAAUAGGAAGACACUUGCCUCUGGUCCCACAUGAUUCCUGGUGUCUAAAGGACUGACCUCUAACUCAGACUGAGGUCAGGUCUGUCCAGGUUGGGAAACCCACAGGCAGUGACAUCAUUGGGGUUAUAAAUUGGAGAUUAAGUAAUCAGUACUGUCUCUUGACUAGCAGAGGGAGAUGAGAUGAGUGACAGAUUAGUUAGGCUACUAGCCAUGUGAUUAUGUGCAUUUUCUCUCUCCAAUUGGCUUUAGUUAUCUAAUAAAUAAUUUUUCAAUUAAUAUACAGUGUCAAGAGAAUUUUAAUCUAAACAAUUGGGUGACCACCUGAGAAUCUGAACUCUUUUUCUAAGAUUUUUCUUGUCUUAUGAGAGUGACAUAUAUAGAAUAGAAUUAUUUUUAUAAGUUCUGACUUCCUGAGAAGCUGAACUCAUUAGGAGAAAAUUUGGGUAGGAUGACUAUUUGUCAUGUGUAUUUGUUAGUUAUUUUCUUCUUCUUUUUUUUGGUUGAGAGUGUUGUGAAAAUAGGUUGGGAGAGCAAUGAAGUUAACAAGAUAACCAGACUCUGAAGUUAUAAAAAUGAAAGGACUCAAUGUAGGUCUGUGUUGGCAAACCUAUGGCACAUGUGCCAGAGGGGCCUGCUCCCUUCCCCAUCUCUACUGUACCUGAGGAUAUUUCUCACUUCACCCACCCCUCUGCCCAGGAUUCCAAUGGGAGCGCUUCCUCCCUCCCAGUAAGGGGGCAUCUCACAUGUGACAUGAAGGUGCAAUUUGCGCAAAGAGUUUGCCAUCACUGGUCUAGGUUAACAAUAAAGGAGUAAGAAAGAGAUGACCAUUAGUUUUCUCUCCACCUUUCUUUAAAAUUAAACUGUGCCUAAACUGUUCAACAAAACUACAUUGAAGGUGGAGGUUCAAACAGUUUCUAACCUAAAUUUUUUUUGGGGGGGUCUUUGUGAAUGGGAAAUAUAUAUUUUCCUAUAAGAAUCUUACCCCACAGGUGUUAAUUUGUUGGAAGAAUACUAUGCCAAGUGGAGACAUUUUAUAUAAAUUGCUUAUCUUGUGAGGAAAAAGAAAUUGCUGCCAACAGAGUCAUGAUGGCCUCAAAAAGCCAUUAGCCUUUGUAAGAAAUGUUUUAAGACUAUAACCACCCCAACUGGGGAACCCAUUUGGCCCCAUUUUGGAUCUUUUGAAUAUAAGAUGUUAGGAGAGUUAAAAUUAGUUAUUGGAAAUAAACCCCCCCAAACAAUCAAAUUAUUGGUUUAUUUGGGCUGUGCUACUUGAUGAUUCUACUAAGAUUCAACCAAUGAGACAAACUUAUAACCAGUUUUCUACUGCUUUUUCAUAUCUUUUCAUCUGGACUUUCUGCCAUUAUCUGAGUCUACUCCUAUUCCCUCCUUUCAGUGACCCUGCCCAAAGUUUCUUUUGCUUCUCUGUCCCCUACAUAUUCUUUUCACCAAUGCCCAGAUCCUUUCUCUCUUUCUUUUCACAGUUUUGGCCCUUGCUCCAACCCAUUCCCCAAGGCUCUCACCAUUUCUGGACCUCCCCAACCUACCCCACCCACUGAAGCCCUAGCCAUUCCCAUCUUCCCUUCCCCAGGUGAGACCAACCCUUUCUGACCACACCCUCUCAUUCUGCACCCCUCCUUCACCUCCUCACUUUGCUCCUGCCUCAACUUCCCCAACAACUCUCUUCAUUCCACCUAACCAGAGCCUCCUCCUCUUUCUCUUCUCUACUCAGUCUCCAUGUGGACUCUAGACUCUCAAUAGUGGAAAAUGAAGACUCCCCUAAAGGCCUAUUUCUUCUGAGGGAAGUGCACAUGAUUCUAGAAGCAACUUAGUGACUGAGAAAUUAUGUCCUGUUCUCCCCCUUAUAUCUCAAAAUGGGGGUAAAGGACAUACCCAUGUUUGAUUUAGAACUACUCAUUGUUCUCUGAUUUGAGGCCAUUUUUUGGAGUUUUAAUCCAAGCUGAGAUGAUGUAAUGGACCUAAUCCAUGUCUUACUCACUGAAGGAGAAAGAUAGGCAAUUCUUGAGAAGGAUAGGAAUUCUUAAAAUGUUGAUGGGAAACAUUGGCCAUUAUAGGACUCAUAAUAGAACCCCAAUAAUCCUGAGGACUAUGUGAGGUUAUAUGAGGCCAGGAAGGCACUGUUAGAAGGAAUGAGGGAUUGUUCUACUCAUCCCAUAAUUGGAAAAAAUUUGAAUAUGUUAAUCAGGAAAAAAAAUGAAUGUCCAAACUAGUUUUAUGAUGGAGGAUGUGAAGCAGCUAAAGAAUAUGCAUUUUUAGAUUCCAUUAAGACCAAUGAUGCUCCUAUUAUUAUACAGCACCAUUUUGUGAACCACUCCUUGUAGUUCACAAUGAUAGAGUAUUUUCCCAAGCAUUAUCCAGGCUGGGCUAGAAUGAAUAUAGAACAGUUGAAAAGGAGAACUCUAUAUGUUUUUGAAAGGUGUGAGCUUAAAAAGAGUUAAACAGGUUAGAAAAAGAGAGACAUCUAUCUUGUCACCAAUUUUAACAUCUGCCAUUGAGGAACUCAAAGCUCCUUUAAAAGAGGUCACUAAAAUUCUGGUCUAGUUAACAGAUAGAUUGUUAUUUCUAUGGCAGGCCAGAUCAUGUAGCAAUAAAUUGUAGGAGAAGAAUUUGGAAUUUAGGAAUAAAAACUGUAAUAAUAACAGAGACUCAAACAGAACCCACAGUUCUGAAGCAAACCAGAGUGGCCACUCAAGGGAAUUGUACUCAUUGUGGAGGAUGCCAUGAUUGGCGAUGGUGAGAGGGAGGGGGAGGGACCUUGGAGUCUGAGGCUGGUAUCUACUCCUUUCCAGAUCCUGAUGUUUUGAUGUCAGUUAUUCCAGUCUGUUCUAUUCCCUCUUGUAAAGAGCCUCAUGUGACUCAAUUUUGGAGACCCUUAUUAUCAUUGGUCCUGGACACUGGGGCUUCCAGAUCAGUCUUAGGAAGCAAACUCAAUUCUGAACAUCCUUCCAUUGGUUCUUUAAAUCUGAUAGGAGUGUCAGGGAAGUCUCAAAAUGUUAGUAAGCUUUUUCCUCCUGUUGUAGGCCCCUGUCAUCAGAACAUUCGUUCCUCCUAAUGCCUGACUUCCCUUUGAAUCUAUUAGGGAAAGAUCUCUUAUGUAAACUUAGGACCAUGAGAUCAUGCCUUCCAGAUGGCUUUUCAUCUCUACAAUUGCCUGAGGAUCCUGUGACUUUAUUCCCAAUCCUCCUUCCUAAUAGUAAGGAGAUAGUAGCUCCUUCCUUUGAAAUCCCAGCAGACAUCCCUGAAUCUCUUUGGGUGUCAUCCCCUUCUGAUGCAGGCCUGCUUAUGUCGGUUGUUUUUGUUUGGUUUAAGGCAAGAGGCACCCCUUUUACCUUCCAUUCCUCAGUAUCCUUUAAACAAGGAAGCUAGUGAAGGGAUGUCACCAACAAUUGAUUCAUUGAUUGAAAAUGGAGAUAAUAAUUUCAUGCAAAUGUGAAUAUAAUUUUCUAAUUCUCCCAGUAAAAAACUCAAGUCAGGCCCAGAUGGGAAGCCUCUUUAUUGUUUUGUACAAGAUCUGUAUGCAGUUAAUUUACAUGUUAUACCUAGGAAUCUAGUGGUUACAAAUCCUGUAAUCAUCAUAUCAGUCCCUAGGAAAGCUACAUGUUUUAUAUUCGUAGACUUCAGUUUCACAUUUUCUCCAUUCCUUUCCAUAUAAAUUCUAGGAAAAUAUUCACUUUCUUUUGGAAAGGUUCUUAGUGAAUAUGAAUUCAAUUGCCUUAGGAGCAUGUAGAUAGCUCAACAUUAACCUCUCAAAUUUUACAGCAGGACUUGGUUGCUAUCAUUUUUAAGGGUUCUAUUUUAAUUCAAUAUGUUGAUGACUUCUUUUUAGAAGCACCAGAUGCAGAGACAUACCAGGAAGAUAGUAGACAUGUCCUCUUACAACUCCACCAAAGAGUGGAGUUUAUGGGUCAAAGGUUCAUUGGUGCCUUCAAAAUGUGGAAUAUUUGAGCUUUAUUUUAGCUGCUGAUACCUGCUCCAUUUUCCUCUAGUGCAUUGAAGCUAUUCAGAGACUCCUCCAUUUUCUUAGAGGCAGAUGGGAGUAAGCUUGGGGGUACAGGGUUCUGUAGACAAUGGAUUGCCCAUUAUGGGGAAAUUACUAAGUCCCUUGUAGCUCUGCCUAGAACUGGACAUUAUAAAGUUCAUCUUAUUAUAGUGGACCAAUCACCAGUUGGAUAAAAGCCUUCCAUAACUGUUCCCCGAUUUGGUCCACCUACACACAUUGAUUCAGAUAGGGCAACUCAUAUUCCUGAUUCUAUUUUUAUCCCAGGUUUAUUCUUGUUUGGGAAUUACUCCAAAAUUCCAUAUACCCUUCCAUCCCCAGAGCUCAGGACUAGUUGAACAGAUAGAGAACUUUAAAACAUGAUUGGCAAACUAUGCACUGAGACUCACUUGAAAUGGCCUGGGUUUCUACUCUUAGCCCCAUUUUACCUGUGCAGCAGACCUAGGGGAGGUCUACAUGUCUCACUAUUUGAUAUACUUUUUGAUAGACUAAACCUUUUCCCCCAUCAUACACAUCAUAGUGGGGGGACAUUUCUGUUGCUUCUUCUAUACAAGAUGUCAUGACUCUGGAGCAGCUAUAUAGGCAGGACCCUUGGAUUUCCCACUCCAUGAUUUACAUCAUGGAGACAAGGUAUAUAUAAAGAAUUAUGAUCAAACUUGAAGUACUCAACAUGCUUGGAACUCCCUUUGAAUUGUUGCUAACUACUCCAACUUCCAUGAAAAUUGGAGAAAAUAAACUCUUGUACUCAUUGCUUGUAUGUAAAACUGAUACUUUUUAGUGAUACUGAUGAACUGUAUCCUAUCACUUUCAUUGUAAAUUUUUGACUAUUUGUCUUUGGAUUUGGUUUUGCUUUUAUUCUUAUUAUCUUUUUGUGAUUAAGAUUCUUAUAAGUAAACCUAAUUUAGUUUGUUCCAUUAAAAAAAUGCUACUUUCAUUUGGCAUUUUGUUCAACCAUAUUACAUUUUCCUCUUUUAUUCCCUCUUUUGAUGACUGGACUAAGGAUAAAGCUAUUAUUUAGAUUCCUAGCCAAAUAGAAUAUACUCUAACCCAAGGCAAGGCCAACAGACCUUAUGGAUGCUGGGUCUGUCACCAGCUCCAUUCGACCUCUGUUUUAUUGUGGGCAAAAUUCAGUCCAUAUGAGUGAGAUUUUACCUCAAUUUGUUCCUAACGGGGGUCAUAUAUUAGCUCAUAAACCUUUUGUCCCUCUUGCUUUUGUUAUAUGCCAUAUCAGUAGUGACAAGUAGAUCCCAUCUGCCUGGUCACAACCACCAUCAAUGGUCUUUGAAGAUUCACAGAUUUUCAAAUCUCGGUUGAUUUUAACAUGUCAUCUAAGGUAAUUUUUCAAAUAUAUGGGAUACCCACUACCACUGACUGACCAUUUACCUGCCUUUGACUUGUGUGUUAAAAGAGGCAAAGGACCAUUGAGUAGCAGAUAUAUGGGUGAAAAUGUAACUUACAACAUCACCAUUCUGUUCCCUAUCACAAUAUUUAUCUGUCCUAACACAAAGCUCAAUAGCAUAGAGGAAAGGUUCCAUCAUAUAUAUCCUUUGCAACUGCUACUGCCUCAUCACAAUUGAAGACCAACUUCCCUUGGGGUUUGGUGACCCCUGAACAAUUCUAUGUGUGUAACUCCUCAAGCUUACUCUUCCCUUCCCCAAGGGUGGUAUGGGGCCUAUGGUCUGGCCUAUCUAACUAUGCCAGUGUUGAUGCAUAAUCAGUUUAUUGGCCAAGUAGACAAGUCCAUGGCUAGGAAUUUGGGCACUUCGUGGCAUCUACAGAGUAAGUCAUCUAGGCCUAAUUCAAUAGCCACUUCCUCUGCAGCACAGAGAUUGUUCUCGACUGCUCUACCCAGUUUUAGGAUGACGUCAGUAAGAGAUUUUAUUAGAAAUAUCUCUGGUGAGGUUGAGAAGUUGGCUCACGACAAUUCAAGCCAUCUUCUGAACUUCUAAAGCUAUCUUCUUUUUCAGAUUUCUUGACAAAGACAAAAUUCAAAAUCAGCUAGUCUUUGAUAUGUUUAUGGCCGUUUCUAGGGUCAACUGUGCUCUUGUUAAUCAGUCCUGUUCUUACAUGACUAGAUCAGGUGUAAUUGUUACAGAUGUCUAUAAGCUUCAAAGGAUUUUUAAUGACAUUUAUUAAAUUGUUUAGAGACCCAUGUGACAUCAGAUGGUGCAUGGUGGAACAUCUCAUGGCUAUGGGGGACAGCUGUUAGCAAGUGUGAUCAAAUGGGUCUUUUUAAUUCUAGGAAUUUUUGUCCUUUUCAGACUUUGCCUUAGUUUCUGUGUUAAAGUGUCUACCAAGUUUUUACCAAGAGAAAAACUUAUAUACAUGCAUUCUGAGAAUUGUGAACUUGUGACCAUGUAUUAUUAGACUAAACUUUUAAGUAAUCAAUCUGUAUUUUGGGGGGGAAUGCACAUGUUUAACUGUUGUGUUGUAUAAUGGGGUUUGAGAAAUGAUCUUUUAAUUUUUUUUAUUAGUUUUAAGUGUGAUUUUAAAAAAUACUUCAAUUUAUGGAAUUUUAAAUGAUAUUUGGUGUCAAAGAAUCAGUUUAUACGUCUAACAGCCCUGACAGCAUUGCAUACCCCAAAGCUUACCAGCGUUGGCGAAGAUGUGGCACGCAUGCAGAGCCAGCACUCGGAGAGCUGCUCCGUUCCCCCUCUUCCCAGCACCUGAGGAAAUGUCUUGCAUGCCCCACCCCUCUGUCCAGCCACCAGUACUUGGCUCUCCCCAGUAAUGCAGGGGGCUCACAGAUAGCUUGAAUUUGCCCUCUGGCCACUCAAACCUGGAAAAGGCUCGCCAAUGCUGGCUUUGACUACUGAAACCUGCCACUGGUUAUUAGAUCUCAUAGGGCUAUAAUUGACAUUGGAGUCCGAUUCCAGGAAAACUACAAAGGGAUUGCUAACAAGCCACUGACGAUCUCUGUAGAGGUGACAAAUGUCAGUGCCAAAGCAAGGGAAGUGUCUCGGGGAGAGUUGAAAACAUUCUGAGGUAUGCCUCCUCUGACUUAGUCUGUAAGAACAUCCUUAUUUGGCCCUGACUAUGGCUUGCUAUCCUUAUGAUUCAUGGAUGGAGUCAUGAAAUCAGACGAGGGGACCACAUCCUCUCUUUUUGUCAGACUCCUGUCCUUUUUGUUUUCCUUUGGCCUGGCAACUUUCUUUAGUCAUGGAAGAUGGUGGGGUAAUGCAAUACUGUUACACCUGACCUACAUGCUUGUAGGAUAUAAGCUACGUCCACUAAACCUUGAAGAUAUAUUGGAGAAUUGUUAUAAUUUUAUAUAUGUAUAGACAUACAUAUAUAUUUCCUCAUAUUUUUGGGAAAGAUGAUUCAUAUAUUAUUAUGUGGCUUAUUUAAUGCAUUCUUAAAUCAGUAACUUAGUCACACAUCCUUUACAAAGUCUAUUGUAGUUGUAAAUAAAUAUUUACCAUGUUGGAA